AUGAGGAGUGCCAUUAUUUUCUUUGGAUAUUCUUUUCCUCACUUUUCUUGUCAUGCCUGCAUGGGUUUUCCUCCAAGUCGUUUACCGGUACUUGUUGGAAGAUAUUUGAGCGAAAGGCUUUAUUGCUCAAGCUCAUCCAAUACCAGACCUUUUCCCGACUAUUCUCCAAAAAAGCCCACCAUUAUAGACACUCAACUUGUGCAUCAAAUCUCAAAUGCAAUAAAGUUGCGUCGCUCUGAGCCCCUCUGCCACAUUCUAAAGCCGUAUGAAUCCAAGUUUAGGUCUGACCACCUAAUUUGGGUUCUCAUGAACAUCAGACAUGAUUAUAAAUUGGUUUUAGAUUUCUUUGAUUGGGCACGCCUGCGCAGAGACCCAAACCUUGAAGCCCAUUGCAUAAUUGUUCAGAUUGCAGUGGCUUCAAAGGAUCUAAAAUUGGCUCAUGAUCUAAUUUGUGAUUUUUGGGCAAAACCCAAUUUGGAUAUUAGUCAUUCUUUAUCUCAUUUUGUUGAGCGGUUGAUAUACACUUACAAGGAAUGGGGUUCAGAUCCCCAUGUAUUCGAUGUAUUCUUUCAAGUCCUGGUUGAGGGUGGGAUGCUUGAUGAAGCAAGAAACUUUUUUGACAAGUUAUUGAAUUAUGGAGUGGUUAUUUCUACAGAUUCUUGUAACUUAUAUCUCACACGCCUAUCAGACAGUUUUGAUAGGCUUCGGAUGUCAAUAAAGAUUUUCAAUGAAUUUCCUCAGGCAGGUGUCCAUUGGAAUACUACAUCAUGCAACAUCAUUAUUAAUUCUCUUUGUCGAUUAGGAAGAGUUAAAGAAGCCCAUCGUUUGCUUCUGCAAAUGAAUUUUAGAGGUGAUGCUCCUGAUGUUGUAAGUUAUAGUACUGUGAUCAAUGGGUAUUGCCUUGCUGGGGAGCUGCUAAAGGUGCUGAAGCUUGUCCAAGAAAUGCGAAUGAAGGGAUUGAAGCCAAACUCAUAUACCUACAACAGUAUAAUCCUUCUUCUGUGUAAGAGUGGUAAAGUUGAUGGUGCUGAGAAGUUCUUGAGGGAGAUGAUGGACCAAGGAAUAAUUCCUGACACAGUGGUCUACACAACUCUAAUUGAUGGUUUCUGCAAGUUAGGGAAUAUCCAAGCUGCAUUUAAGUUGUUUGAUGAAAUGGAGGAGCAGAAAAUCGUUCCUGAUUUUAUAGCAUAUACUGCUAUUAUUUGUGGGCUUUGUCAAUGUGGAAAGAUGAUGGAAGCAGAUAAAGUCUUUAACGAAAUGUUUAGCAGAGGAUUGGAACCGGAUGAAGUUACAUAUACAACACUUAUUGAUGGCUACUGCAAGUCAGGGGAGAUGAAGAAGGCCUUUUCACUUCACAACCAGAUGGUCCAAAGUGGGCUGACUCCAAACGUUGUCACAUACACUGCACUUGCUGAUGGCCUUUGUAAGCUUGGGCAGAUAGAUACAGCAAACGAGCUGCUUCAUGAAAUGUGCAGAAAGGGUCUUCAAUUGAAUAUCUGCACUUAUAACUCACUUGUUAAUGGCCUUUGUAAAUCAGGAAACAUAGGGCAGGCAGUAAAGCUGAUGGAAGAAAUGGAAAUGGCCGGGAUGCAUCCUGAUACCAUUACUUUUACCACUUUAAUGGAUUCUUAUUGUAAGACAGGGGAGAUGGUUAAGGCUCACAAGCUUCUGCAGGAGAUGCUGGAUAGAGGACUUCAACCCACUGUUGUUACAUUCAAUGUGCUCAUGAAUGGCUUUUGUUUGUCAGGAAUGCUGGAAGAUGGUGAGAGGCUUCUAGGAUGGAUGUUGGACAAGGGUAUAAUGCCAAAUACCACAACCUACAAUUCUCUUAUGAAGCAAUACUGCAUUAAAAAUAAUAUGCGUGGCACCACAGAGAUUUAUAGGGGGAUGUGUGCACGAGGAGUGAUGCCUGAUAGCAACACCUAUAAUAUUUUGAUAAAAGGGCAUUGUAAAGCAAGGAAUAUGAAAGAAGCAUGGUUUUUGCACAAAGAAAUGGUUGAGAAGGGGUUUAAUCUUACAGCUAGUUCUUACAUAUCUCUCAUUAAAGGUUUUUUCAAGAGGAAAAAAAUUUUAGAGGCUAGAGAGCUAUUUGAAGAGAUGAGAAGAGAAGGGAUGGCUGCUGAUGCAGAAAUAUACAACUUUUUUUUGGAUAUCAACUAUGAAGAAGGGAACAUGGAAAUCGCACUUGAGCUCUGUGAUGAAGCAAUAGAGAACUUUCUUCUGAACAGAGUCAAGAACAAAAAGCAAUAG